GUCAGCAAUUCGCGCGCGCUCCGCGGCCACGCGAUUAAAAGCAGACUCUGGUCGAAGCGAGGUGCUGCUCAGCGUUGUCGUGUAGGCUUUUCCUUUUAUUAAUUAAUUCAUUAUAAACUUCUCUCCUAAACGUUUGCAAUCGAGUUUUGCUUCCACUGCAAACUAACCCGUUAUACUUGGGAGGCGCCGGGCCGUGGUGCAUUUUUUUUAGUACCGCCCGCCUGGCCGGCCAUCCUCCCUUAGCUCUUCUGCGCUGGCGCUUCUAGCAGCAGGGUGAUGUUGAAAGAGCUCCGCAUCCUGGGCUGGAUCCACCCUGUUUACUCGACCUGCGAAGAGGAAUUAGAAAGACUCCGAGCAGAAGGACUUGCCGAUGCUGGGCUAGACAUGGGAGAGCGAGGCGCUGCCAUCGGCGCACCGCUUCACGAGUAACGUUCUGAGUCUCCAGCUCCCUCUCGGUUCUCCCUCCGCUCAUCAUGGCCAAGCAGUACGAUGUCUUGUUCCGGCUGCUUCUGCUGGGCGACUCGGGCGUUGGAAAAACCUGCCUGCUGUGCAGGUUCACCGACAACGAAUUUCAUUCAUCGCACAUCUCCACCAUAGGUGUGGACUUCAAAAUGAAGACGCUAGAAGUGGAUGGGAUCAAAGUAAGAAUUCAGAUCUGGGAUACAGCUGGUCAAGAACGGUAUCAGACUAUCACAAAACAGUAUUACAGACGAGCACAGGGAAUCUUUUUAGUCUAUGACAUUACCAGUGAGCGUUCCUUUAAGCAUAUAAUGAAGUGGGCCAGUGAUGUAGAUGAGUAUGCACCAGAGAAAGUCCAAAAAAUUCUGAUUGGGAACAAAGCAGAUGAAGAUAUGAGAAGACAAGUGGCCACAGACCAGGGAGUGAAGCUUGCAAAGGAGUAUGGGAUGGACUUCUUUGAGACAAGUGCCUGCACCAAUUAUAAUAUUAAAGCGUCCUUCACUCGAUUAACUGAACUAGUCCUUCAAGCACACAAGAAGGAGCUGGAUGGCCUCAGAGUCUCCAUCAACCACGAACUGAGUAUAGCUGAUCUAGAAGAAGAUGACGGCCAAGGUGACAGACCGGGCAACUCCCAGAAAGUCUGCUGGUGUUAGGGAUUCCAAAAGACGGCAGUUUCUCACAUUUCUCCAUCGUGAGGAGGCAUUCAUCUAAUUUGGACUGAAGUUCAACUCUUCCUUUUCUGAAGACUAAGAAAUGUCCAUUGAUUUUUUUGCACAGAUUAGCUGAAGCUCCUGGUGAAUCUUCUCCAAGUGCUUUAUCUCCCGCUUGUCGGACACAAGAAUUGAUUUAUUAAAGCUAAGUUACAAUAAAAUAAAGGGUAUAAAGAUGGAGGAGGUUACUAAAUACUCAUGAUACACACCACUAAGUGGCUCAAAUGAGAAGCCUGAGCGCUGCCAUAGUAAGGAUGAUAGCAUUUGACGCGUACGUCCACAAUAGACACCCAAAGUCUCAUGAGAGUUGGAAUUGCAGAGAAACAAUGGCCUGAUGGGAUUUGUGGUGUGCACCAACGAAACAGAAUUGUUGCUUGUGAAUGGAAUUCCUCAGUAGACCUUUUGGUCGAUAAGCAGAGCUCUGUAACAUCGAGAUGUUGGGACUUUGACCAAGGGUGUAUUCUGCUUUUCCAUUUUUUUUUUUUUAUUGAUAAUGCUUUUUUUUUGUUUUGUAAGUUUAUAAUUAAUAUUUAUCCAGGUUUAGGUUAAGCCUGUCAAGGUUGUGGAAGUGUCUCUUAUCACCUCUCCCUCACUUUGCAUGCAGGCAGGCGAGACAUUAAUGGAGAAACCUGUGGUCGUUUGUUUAAUUCCUUAUGCUUUAGACUUUGGCCUUGAUUUUGAGACGAGAAAUGAUAGCAUUAACAAGAAUGCAUUGUGGCGUGAAUUUCUUUUCAGAUCGUUUCAGUGAACCCACAAUAAAAAUUUUGUUUUUCAGGGUCUGAAAUUCCAACCACCUCAUAAAUCCAAGGUUAAACAGCUAGGAGUUCUACCUGUAUUAUUAUCUGCCCGUUACAAACCACACCAGAAAUCACACAGCCUAAUCCAAAAAAAAACUAAAAGCUUAAAUUCAGAAGUUCAAGAAGUUGGAAGAAUUAAAAAAACAAAAAAAGGACCAUGGGAAUUUUGAACUAUUUUAAGUAGAUCCAAAGGCUUAUUUGUGGACAUUAUUAUGUGGCUUCAAAGCUGAAUCUCUCUUACCUCACUGGUAGACAUCAGAAUGAAAUCUUCAACUAAAAAAAGGGAUCAGCCUACCGCUCCAACAUCUUAUUGCCUUUACGUGCAUUGCCAGGUAGUUUGUAUGUUCUGAAAGGUGCAGCUACUUGCUCACCACCAGCCCCACACAUUGUUUUUUUAUUUGAUGCUUGGUCAUGCCCAAUUUUUGCCAAGAAGAGCUGACAUCCAUGAAAUCGAUUUUACCAUCUAUGGAUAAUGGCAACAAAUUCUUCCCUCAAAACAAGGGGUUAAGCUUGGAAAAUAUUUUGCGCCUUUUGGAAUCCGAAGACAUCAGCCAGUUCUGUUCUGCACUUCUUUAUUCACACUGAUCCAAGAAAAGCAAAGUUCCCAAAUCUAAGGAAGUUGUAAAUCAUGAUCCUGCCAGGUUGUGUUAACUGAUGAUGGAGACAGGCCAAAAGCACACUGUGUCCAUGUCAGUGGACAUCAGUAAUUAGGGCUGGUGAGAAGCUACUCUCGUGUUAAUGACGAGUUCCUUGUAUUACAUGACUCGGAGGAGGGUGAAAAUGUCAACCUCCGUCUGUAGACGCAGCAUCUUCAUGUGCUUAUCUAAUUAUUAAAUCUGUUUUGAUGUUCUACAUGUUGAUUUCUCCUUAUAACAUGGACAGCUGUUAGAGCACAUUUAGAAUGUUUGUCUGUGCGACUUGCUAACAUGUCAUUUGCUGCAGUAAUAAAGAGAAAACUGUUAUCUGCAUUUCA